AUGUCGUCUUCAGCACUCCGUCUCACUCUCACCCUCAUGUGCCUGGUCUCAGCCGUCGGUGUCAUAUCGUGCAGCCAGCCUCACGUGGUUUUGAAUUCGGCUCUGGGAGAAGCUCGUAACGUCCCGCUUGGAGAAGAGGUUCCAGAGAGACUCACCCUUCCUGAGCUCCAGUGGAUGCUCAGUAACAACGAGCUCGCACCCAUUCAGGUGGAAGAACCCCCUCGCAACAGGAUCGAGCUCGUCAGGAGAGAAAACAUGGUGACGGCUAAACCACUCAACUGCAUGAACUACUUCUGGAAGUCCAGGACAGCAUGCUGA